AUGCUGUCUCUUCGAAGCUUUGCGCGGUCUGCCCCCCGGGCCAUGGUCCGUGUCGCCAGCACCUCCACGCGCUCUGGAGUCGCCCGUCCCAGCACGCUCGCCAAAACCUCAGCCAUCAGAGCCUUGCGCCCUGCUCGCACGGCUGCCUUCUCGACGACUGUCGGACGCCGUGCCGCUGACGGCGAGACCGACGACGAGCUGUCCGCCAAACUAGACAGCGAAAUCCAGAUCGAGCUGGACAUGAAAGCACAGGAGCAGCAACCCGCCAGCGUGCAGGACUUUUUGGAAAACAGCCCCUUUGAGCUGAUCGACACUCCUGGUCAGGAAGUCGUGAAGCUCGUUCGCUCAUUCGGCAACGAGAAAAUCACCGUCAGCUUUUCCAUCUCCGACAUCACCAACUAUGACCCCUACAGCGAGGACGCCGCCCUCGAGGACGAGGAGCUCGAGGAAUCGCUCGAAUCCCCCGACAAGCAGGCCAUGCACAAAGCCGAAGAAACAGACGAAGCAGACGAGCUAAACGACGAGGUCGCCGCCCCCAUCAACCUCUCCAUCGUGGUCGAGAAGCCCGGCAAGACGGACGGCGCCCUCAACAUCGACGCCACGGCCCAGGACGGCAACAUUGUCGUCGACAACAUGUUCUUCUACGAGGACGCCAAGGUGGCCAAGGUCGAGAGCCCCGAGUCCGCUCACAAGCGCGCAGACGUGUACCCCGGCCCUCCGUUUGGCAGCCUCGACGAGGACCUCCAGGUCCUGAUGGAGCGAUUCCUCGAGGAGAGAGGCAUCACGCAGGCCAUGGCCGUCUUCAUCCCCGACUACGUGGACGUCAAGGAGCAGAAGGAGUACCUGCGGUGGCUGAGCAACGUCAAGGACUUUGUCGACGCAUAA